AUGGUUACUGACACUCAGGAAAAGAAUUCAUCUGUCAUUUCUAAUGGAAAUGAUAAUCACGAAGAGAAACAAUAUCUGAAUUUAGUUCGUGAAAUCAUUACUAAAGGUUUAGAGAAAUCCGACCGAACUGGCAUCGGUACACGUUCUAUGUUCGGUCCGUCGAAUAUGCGAUUUAAUCUACGAAAUGGAUGUUUUCCAUUAUUAACGACAAAACGUGUGUUUUGGCGCGGUGUUGUUGAAGAACUUCUUUGGAUUAUCAGCGGAAAAACAGAUGCGAAAAUUCUCGAUGGAAAAAAUGUCAAAAUAUGGAAUGAUAAUGGAACAAGAGAAUUUCUUGACAAACUCGGCUUUACGCAGCGUGAAGAAGGAGACUUAGGACCUGUUUAUGGUUUGUAUUGUAAAGAAAUUUUGAGCUUUUUCUGCUCUUAA